UUUAAGUCAGUUUUACUGAUUUAAAACAUGUGUCAUUUGUCGUUUUAUUAAUUGGAGCAAAGGAAAAUCCAAUAAAUAUUUUAUCUAUUUAAUUUAAACCAUGGAAGAUAUGAACAGAGAAACUCGGAAGAUCCUCACCCGGUGCAAAGUGACCGACAAAAACCUCAGGCCGCCGCCGCUGCUCGAGGAGCUCGUCGCCACCCAGCUCACCGAAGAGCUGAUGGACAAGUUCCAAAUCACCAGCAAAAAGAAGAAAAUGCUGCUCGAAUACCAAGCCGAGUUCGCCAAAGACAGGAAACUCAAAGCCUUCAAGCACCGGCUGCGGCCGAUCUACGCGCAACUGCCCUCUCUCGACGAUUCCCACAAGAAGAUCCGCGGCUUCGCCGAGCUGUGCCCCACCUACCAGAUGUCCCCCUUUCACGAGCAGUGCAUCUUCAAGAAAAUCGCCACCAAAGGCCUCGAAUACAAGUUCCCGAUGACCAUAAAGUUCAUCAUGGACGAGGCCAAGGAGGAGUUCAUCAAAAUCACCCAUUUGGCCGGGGCGAACAUGAAGGCGAAGCCGACGUCGGCGCACAUCAAGCGAUUCGUGACGCCGCCGUACGUGCACUUGGGCAAGACGCCGCGCUACCACGUGUACCUGGCGAACCGACGCCAAAUCCAGUCCAAGUACAUGCUGCACCAGAAUUUGGUGACGAAGAUCAUCAACGAAUGCGCCGCCUUGCCGGAGAUUCUCUUCAAUCUCGGCACGUUGCGGCAGAGGUCGCACGCCAUGAGCGAGCUCGAGGAGAUCUUCGCCGAACUGGUGAAAGAAUCCGAUAAGAAAUUGCAUCGAUUUUACGAUAAAAUCAGAGAGAUCGUCGAGAAGGAUACCACUAAACUCCGUACGGAGAAGUACAAGCAUUUGUUGAGAGUUUGUACGGGUUUACUUUCGGUGUACAUCAGCAAUUCUAUAGAACACACUGUUUACCACAUAUUAGAAGUAACUGGAUCCGAUGAGUUAAUACCCUACAUGCAACUAUCUUUAAAAUAUAACAAACAAACAUUAUAUAUGUACCCGCGAAAAAACAACAUCAUUCUACUAUACUCCUUGUUUAUCGCAAAUUUAGUUCAAAUCGGCAAGACUUUUCCCAUUUUGGAGACCAUCAAAUUCAACCUCCCCCAGGUGAACAUCCACCUGAACGUCACUGAAGAAUUCCUGCAGACCAGCUUGGAGAAACUGGGCGAAAACAUCAUAACGCGCUUCAUACCGAUCGACAAGUACUUGGACCAAAUCGGCGACGAGUUCAAGGAAAUGUUCAUCGAAAUCGAAUUGGACGAAAGCUCGGAAAACUACUUCGAAAACGGCUGCCUGCAAAUCAGGCACUACCAAAACUACAUCACCAAGGCCAGCUCGAUGUUGGGCAGCGAGUACUUCGGCAUGGGCCAGCUGCUUCUCUCCGAGUACGUGGCCUCCAUGAAGGAAUCCCUUUCGGUCAUCAUCGAAGACAUAUUCUCGAAAUUGUGCGCCAUACACAUGAACAAAUGCUAUAACAUCUGCGACGAAUUCGAGGCCAUCAAAGCCGAGGCGAUGAGGAGGCCCGCCAACAGCGAGGAACUCAUCGCGCAAGGAAAGUACAUGUUGCGCGUGAAAACGGAGAUACUGGGCGAGCUGUGCGAAAAAAUCGAAGGCAUGCUGAAAGACUUCACCAUGCUGGUGGAGGACGGCACCAUCAGCGAGGAGCACAAUAAUCUAAUAACCACCACUGUGCUAUGGUCGCAGAACCUGGACCAAAUCCUCGAUCAAAACUCCCUCACCUUCGAGCAGUUGAAAAUGGAAGCCGAGGAUAAACUGGCCGCCACCAUCGAAUACGUCAACAACGAAACCGAGAAAAUCAUGCCUCUAUUGCAUAUUCUAGACGACAUGGACGAUUUCGAAAAAGCACGAGACUACGUAAUUCAAAUAAAAGCCUUUAUGGGAAAAAUCGUGGAGCUAAGAGAAUUGAUAAUAUGGAUAAACAAGGAACAGGAGACGCUCGGCUUCAAGAUAUCCCCCUUCAGCACCACCGAAGAGGUGGAGAAGUUCCUCUUGCCCUUCUACCAUCUACUGCAAGUGUGCGUGAACAUCAAGCGGCACGUGAACGUCUGCAUGGACGGACCGUUCGAAUUUCUGGACAGCACCUACACCGAGCGGUACAUGGACCAAACCGUGGUCGAAUUGAUGGGCAUCCAGAAAGCCUAUCGCAUACGCAUGAAGCAGGACAAGGCGAGCGGGCUGCGGUUCUUCGGCGUCGUCGAGGACCCGGACAUGAUGAGCUGGCCGGCGCCGUUGAAGCUGAUCUAUCAAGCUCAAGCCGCCAUCAGGGAGUUUAGGACGCCCAUGAUGUUCCUGAAGAUCAUGUGCAACGACGCUUUGACUAAGCGACAUUGGAGGGAAAUGUCCAGGCUGGCCGGAUUCGAUCUGACGCCCAACGCCGGAUCGACCCUCAGGAAGUACACUCAAAUGGGUUUGGACGACGAUAUCGAUAAAUACGACGUGAUAAGUUCGGGGGCUACCAAGGAAAGAGAGCUGUACGCGAAUCUGAAGGUAAUGGUGGCGGAAUGGGACAACAUCUUCUUCAACAUUGGGCAAUACAAAGACUCGGGCCGGUAUAUUUUGACCAGUUUGGACGACGUGCAGAUCAUAUUGGACGAUCACAUAUUGAGGGCGUUGAUGAUGCGCGGUUCCAUUUACGUCAAACCCUACGAGGUGGAAGUGGAGGAGUUCUAUCAGAAAUUGGUGAGGAUCAAUCGGACGAUCGACGUGUGGGGUAGAGUACAAGUGCAAUGGCUCUAUUUGCUGCCUAUAUUCUCGUCGAAGGAUAUCGUCGCUCAGAUGCCGGAAGAGGGAAAUCUGUUUAAAGAUGUAAACGAUAUUUACAAGCGUUACAUGGACGUGGUGGCUAGAGAGCCGAGAGUGUACGAAACGGCAGGAGGAGCCGGCGUGAUGGAAAUCAUGGAGUACUGCGUGGAAUUAUUGGAGCAAAUCAACGACGGCGUGAUAAACUAUUUGGAAAGGAAACGGUUGUUCUUUCCCAGGUUUUUCUUUCUAUCCAACGACGAAAUGCUGGAAAUCCUGUCCGAAACGAAGGACCCGCAGAAAGUCCAGCCCCACCUGAAGAAAUGCUUCGAGGCCAUCAAUACGUUGCAGUUCAACGAAAGAUUGGAUAUAUUAGCGCUGUACAGUUGCGAAAACGAAAAAAUCAUCAUAAAGAACGUCAUCUCGACGAAGGACGCCGGCGGCAGCGUCGAAUUGUGGUUGAGCCAAGUCGAAGAGCAAAUGUUACUGUCCGUUUUAGACUUAAUAUUGAGGAGCUUCAGGAAUUACAGCUUGGUACCUAGAACGCACUGGGUGCAGAAAUGGCCGGGACAGGUCGUGUUGUGCGUUUCCCAAAUGUAUUGGACGAACUUCGUCCAUUUGGCGCUCAACAGAGAGGAAGGUCUGAGCGUGCCUAUUUAUUUAGAUAUAUUGAAGGAGCAAUUGCAAGAUAUCGUGGGCUUGAUUCGAGAUCCUUCAUUGACCAAUUUGUCCAGAAUAACCAUCAAAGCGCUGAUUGUAAUCGAUGUGCACGCCAAGGACGUCGUUAAUGAAUUGUUCAUUAAAAACGUCGCCAGCGAUAGGGAGUUUAAGUGGCUGUCUCAAAUGCGUUAUUAUUGCGAGGACGACGAACCGUUCGUCAGGCUCAUCAACGCCACCGUCAAAUAUUUCUGCGAAUAUCUAGGUAACACAGACAGGUUGGUGAUAACUCCCCUGACGGACAGGUGUUACAGAACGCUAAUCGGCGCUUUCCACUUGCACUUGAACGGCGCUCCCGAAGGACCGGCCGGUACAGGUAAAACCGAAACCACCAAAGACUUGGCGAAAGCCAUUGCGGUGCAAUGUGUCGUGUUCAAUUGCUCCGACGGCUUGGACUACAAGGCCAUGGGGAAGUUCUUCAAAGGAUUAGCGUCGUGCGGAGCUUGGGUGUGUUUCGACGAGUUCAACAGAAUAGACAUUGAAGUGUUGUCUGUGGUGGCACAGCAGAUUUUGUUGAUCGUUCAAGCCGUUAGAUGUAACGCGUACUCUUUCGAUUUCGAAGGGACGGAAAUCAAAUUGAAUCCCGCUUGUUACGUUUGCAUAACUAUGAAUCCCGGUUAUGCCGGAAGAUCGGAAUUGCCCGAUAAUUUAAAGGUUUUGUUCAGAACAGUGGCUAUGAUGGUGCCCGAUUACGCUCUAAUCGGUGAAAUUUCUUUGUACUCGUACGGAUUUGUGGAUGCCAGAAAUUUAGCUGUGAAAAUUGUUACCGUUUACAGAUUGUGUUCGGAGCAAUUGUCAUCUCAGAACCAUUACGAUUACGGUAUGAGGGCUGUAAAAUCCGUUCUUUCAUCUGCCGGUAACAAUAAACGAAAAUAUCCCGACGAAUUGGAGGACAUCCUGUUGCUAAGAGCAAUAUUGGACGUUAACCUACCGAAGUUCUUGAAUCAAGAUUUACCGCUGUUCGAUGGUAUCAUAGCGGAUUUGUUUCCCGGUGUGGUGUUACCCGAAACCGAUUAUGACAAAUUAUUGGAAAAUAUGAUCUUAGCUUGUGAAAGAAGAAAUCUCAUUCCCAAGCAGUGCUUGAUAACAAAAGUCAUACAAACGUACGAAAUGAUGUUGGUAAGAUGGGGAUUCAUGAUAGUAGGUUAUCCUCUAGCCGGAAAAACUUGCACAUUGAACGUGCUAGCCGACACAUUGAAUUUAAUGAACGCCCAAGGAUUGGGAGAGGAGAAAGUGGAGAGUGUAGUUUUGAAUCCAAAGGCCAUCACGAUGGGCCAGCUGUACGGCCAGUUCGAUCCCAUAUCGUACGAAUGGUUCGACGGCGUAAUCGCCGUAUACUUCAGGCAAUUCUCCUUCGAUCCGUCCCCGAACAGAAAAUGGAUGAUAUUCGACGGGCCCGUCGACGCCGUUUGGAUCGAGAACAUGAACAGCGUGCUGGACGACAACAGAAAAUUGUGCCUCAUGUCCGGCGAGGUCAUGUCGAUGGCCAACACCAUGUCGCUGGUAUUCGAGGUGAUGGACCUGGAGCAAGCCUCUCCCGCCACGGUAUCGCGCUGCGGAAUGAUAUACAUGGAGCCGGCGACGCUGGGAUGGCGGCCGUUCUUCGAGGCCUGGCUGCCCACCUGCAAUCCCAGCUGGAGCUCGGGCAACAGGGAGAUCAUGAUCAGGUCGGUGUUCGAGUGGAUCGUCGAUCCGUGCUUGGAUUUCAUCCGGAAGAAGUGCCUGCAGUUCUGCAAUCAGGGCGAGAUCAGCUUGGUGUUGAACAUGAUGAGUUUGCUGGAGAUGAACUUGGACGACGCCUGCUCGGCGUUGCCGGACGCUGAGAAAUACUACGAUGGGUGGUUGCAAGCGGCGCUUAUAAUCGCCGGAAUGUGGGGCCUCGGUGCUAUUUUGGACGCGAAUUCGCAGGUUAAAUACGACGCUUACUACAGGAAACUUUGGUUGGGAGAGUUCCCUCAGCAUCCGCAGCCCGAAAUGCUUCAAAAUAGGGACAUAUUGUUACCAGGUGACGACGGUUUAAUCAUCGAUUAUAUUUUCAACUUCAGAAGCAAAGGCAACUGGAAGUACUUACCAGACGUUGUAAAAAACCAAAGAGUAGACGAAUGUAAAAGUAUCAUGCAAGCCAUCAUACCUACCAUGGAUACGGUCAGAUAUACAGCGCUGUUAAACAUGCACAUAAAACACCGAAGGAAAUGCCUGCUAAUGGGUCCCACCGGUACCGGAAAAUCCUUCUACACCGUCGAUUUGCUAAUGAACAAACUGGAAAAGGACCAAUACCAGCCGGCCUUCAUCACGUUCACCGUGCAAAUAACCUGCAAUCAAGUCCAGGAUCUCGUCAUAUCCAAGCUGCAGAAACGAAGGAGAGGCAAUUACGGAGCGCCCAAAGGGAAACUCUCCGUCAUUUUCAUCGACGACGUCAACAUGCCGGUGAAGGAAAUAUACGGCGCACAACCACCGUUGGAAUUGUUGAGGCAAUUUUUCGAUCACAAAAAUUGGUACGAUUUGAAGACAACAGAAACGAUACUGUUGUUCGACGUGCUAUUUAUCGGCGCCAUGGGCUUGGUGGGCGGCAGUAGACAGGACAUUUACCCGAGAUUCCUAAGGCAUUUCAACAUUUAUUCGAUUAACGAAUUCAGUACGGAGAGCAUGGCGAAAAUAUACUCUAACAUACUCUUAUUAGGCUGGAAGGCUAACGGAUUUCCUUCCGACAUUAUCAAUCAAGUCAUGCCUAUUAUUAACGCUAGUUUGGAUAUAUUUAAGGUUGCGUUGAUAAAUUUGCGGCCUACGCCCUCGAAGAGCCACUACAUAUUUAAUUUGAGAGAUUUUUCGAGGCUAAUUCAAGGUUGUUCGCUGUUAAAAAGAGAAUCCGUGGAAAACAAGAAGAUAUUUUCCAAACUCUGGGUACACGAGGUAAUGAGGAUCUUCUACGACAGACUCACCGAAGAUAAAGACAGGCAGUGGGUGUACGAUAAAUUGAGGCAUUCCUUAAAGUCCAGUUUUAGAGAAGAUUUCGACGAUAUUUUGAGUACCCUGCCGCACGACGAAGAAACCGGUUACGUACCGAUAACAUCGAUGAGGAAGCUGUUGUUCGGCACCUUCUUCGAUCAGGACACCGAAGGCGACGAUAAAAAAUACGAGGAAGUUUUGGACAUAGACGCUUUGAAAGAUCUAGCGUUGAGGGCGAUGGCCGAUUACAACACGACCCACACCACCCCCAUGGACAUAGUCCUCUUCGAUUACGCCAUCGAACACCUGGGAAGAAUUUGCAGGGUGUUGUCCAUGAAAUGCGGCUGCGCUUUACUGAUCGGCAUCAGCGGCUCCGGCAGGCAAUCGUUGACCCGCUUGGCCGGUCAGAUGUACGACAACAGCGUUUUUCAGCCGGAAAUCACCAACAACUACACGGUGAACGAUUGGCGCGACGAUAUCAAGAAGAUUUUGAAGGAAUCUGGUGGUAUCGGUCACGACUGCAUCUUCCUGAUAUCCGAAGGUCAGAUCAAGGAGGAGUGUUUCCUGCAGGAUAUCGAUUGCCUGUUGAAUUCGGGCGAAGUGCCCAACAUGUACGCCAUUGACGAGAAACAGGAAUUGAUGGAUAUGGUUCGAUUGGCGGCUCAAGGCGGCAACAGAAACGUAGAAAUCGAUCCACUAGAAGUAUUCUUCUUCUUUACCAAUCGAUGUAAAGAGCGCACGCACAUAAUAGUAUGCUUCAGCCCCGUGGGGGCGACGUUCAAGAAUCGGCUGCGUUUGUAUCCGGCUCUGAUCAAUUGCUGCACGAUCGAUUGGUUCGAGGAUUGGCCGGAAGAGGCUUUGGAACAAGUAGCGCAUAAUUGGAUGCAGGAAAUCAAUCUCGACGAAAAAGUGAGAGAAUACUGCACGGUGGCUUGCAAGUACUUCCACGUGGAAGCCAGGAAUGCCUCGAUAGCGUUCUUCGCCGAAUUCAGCAGGCAUAUGUACAUCACGUCCGCUUCCUAUUUGGAACUGAUCAAAUCCUUCUCGGAUUUGACCGAUCUGAAACAGACCGAGCUGAUGAACGCCAAGAGGCGGUACGAAGGCGGUUUGGAGAAACUCUACCACGCUGCCGUCAGCAUCGGUGAAAUGCAGGAGUCUUUGAACGCUUUGCAGCCGAUGCUGGCAGUGAUGAGCAAGCAGGCGGAGGAGAUGUUGAAGAAGAUCGAACAGGAAACUAUAGGUGUCGAAAAGGCUUCGGAAUUGGUGAAGCAGGACGAGAAGGUGGUGAACAAGCAAGCGGCGGCUGCGCAAGCUCUCAAAAUCGAGUGCGAGGCCGAUUUGGCGGAGGCGUUGCCCAUUUUAGAAGAGGCGUCUGCGGCUUUGGACAUUUUGAAACCGUCCGACAUAGUGCUGGUAAAAUCCAUGAAAAAUCCACCGGAUGUGGUCAAGCUAGUAAUGGCGGCCGUAUGUAUAAUGAAAGGCGUGAAACCCGACCGAAUACUCGACCCAUCGUCCGGAAAAAUGGUCAACGACUUCUGGGGACCCAGUAAAAAAAUGCUGGGCGAAUACACCUUCCUGCAAUCGCUGAAAGAUUACGACAAGGAUAACAUCAAACCAGAAGCCAUUGCUAAAAUAAGGAAGGAGUACAUCGUGCACAAGGACUUCAAGCCUCACAUUGUUGCAAAAGCCUCUAGUGCGGCCGAAGGUCUGUGCAAAUGGAUCAUCGCCAUGGACAUGUACGAACGUGUGUUUAAGAUCGUGGCGCCGAAGAAAGCGGCGCUUGCCAACGCCGAAGAGGAAUUCACCACGGCGAUGAACACGCUCACCGAGAAACGGGAGCAAGUCAGGAGGCUCGAAGAGCAACUGGCCACUUUGACGCAGCAACUCGAAGAAGCCAUAUUGAAGAAGGAACAGCUGGAAGCCGAGGUGGAAUUGUGCAACAACAAGCUUAUUAGAGCCAAAAAACUAAUAGGAGGUUUAGGUGGCGAGAAGGCCAGAUGGGGCGCUGCCGCCGAGGCGUUGCAAUUGCAAUACGACGGUAUCGCGGGCGACAUUCUACUGGCGUGCGGUAUAAUAUCGUACUUGUCGCCGUUCAACGCCACAUUCAGAAUGCGAUUGGUCGAAGAUUGGCACCUUUAUUUGAAGAAUCUCAAUAUACCCACGGCGGAUGUCUUCGAUAUGAUCACUGUCCUCGGCUCCGACGUUACCAUACAGUAUUGGAACGUAAACGGCUUGCCUAUGGACGCUUUCUCCAUCGAAAAUGGUAUCAUAAUGGACAACUCGAGAAGAUGGUCGUUGUUCAUCGAUCCGCAGGCGCAAGCGGCGAAUUGGAUCAAGAAAAUGGAGAAGAAGAACAAUCUGGAGAUACUGAAAUUCUCGAUGAGCGAUUACAUGAAGCGGAUCGAGUACUGCAUCCCGUUGGGAUACCCGGUUCUCAUCGAGAACAUCGAGGAAAACCUGGAGACCCCGUUGGAUCCGAUACUGUUCAAGCAGAUCUUCAGGAAGGGCAAAGGCUUUUUGAUACAGCUCGGCGAGAGCGCCAUCGAGUACAAUUUGAACUUCAAGUUGUAUUUGACUUCUAAAAUGAGGAACCCGCACUAUUUGCCGGAGAUAUUCAACAAAGUGACUAUAAUCAAUUUCGCGUUGACUUUGACUGGAUUGCAAGAACAACUGCUAGGUAUAGUUGUGGCGGUGGAGAAACCGGAUCUGCAACAACUAAAAGAAGAACUCACUGUACAGAAAGCCGAUAAUAAAAAAGCCCUGAAGGAAACUGAAGAUAUGAUUCUACAAACCCUAGCGGAAUCUAAAGGAGACAUAUUAGAGGACGGCAGGGCUAUAAAAAUAUUGGACGAUUCCAAAAUCCUGGUGAUAGAAAUCAUGGAGAAACAACAAAUGGCGUCGAAGAUAGAGAAAUCCAUCGAAGAAUUCAGGGAGAAGUACAAGGGCGUCUCCGCGCAUUCGGCCGUUCUGUACUAUUGCAUCGCCGAUUUGGCCAACGUCGAUACGAUGUACCAAUAUUCGCUGGAGUGGUUCAUAAAUUUGUACAUCGGUUCGAUUCAAAGGGCGGAAAAAUUCAAAAUCAUCGAAAAGCGAUGCCAGUGCUUGAUCAGCGCCUUCACCUACGACUUGUACAACAACAUCGCCCGAUCGUUGUUCGAAAAGGACAAGCUGCUCUUCUCGUUCCUCCUCUGCGCCAAGAUCAUGAUGGCCCAGAACAAGUUAGACGAAAAGGAAUUUCUGUUUCUAGUUACAGGUAUCGGUCCGGAAAAUCCUGCGCCGAAUCCCUGCCCCGACUGGUUGCCGGAUAAGUCCUGGGAGGAAAUGGGCAAAGUGGAGAGCCUGAAGGCCUUCCAAGGUUUCACUAAGAAGUUUCUCCUUAACGUGAAAGAUUGGAAAGGAAUCUACGACAAUUUCACGGAAACGUUUCCCAUACCGUCGAUGUGGCGCAAAACGAUCACAUCGUUCAGGCGGUUGAUCCUAGUCAGAUUGCUCAGACCGGAUAAAUUGAUAAAUUGCAUUAGUUUGUUUAUACAAGACGAAAUGGAUCCCAGGUUCAUUAAACCGCCUCCUUUCAACAUAUCGGUGUCUUUCGACGAUUCCUAUUGCUUGAGUCCUUUGAUAUUUAUUUUAUCCCCCGGAGUGGAUCCGAUGUCUGCUUUGAUUAAAUUCGCAGAAGAUAAGAAGAUGCUGGAUAGAUUCAAAUCGACGUCACUGGGACAAGGUCAAGGCCCGAUCGCCCAAGCUCUGAUAGAGGAAGGCCAGGAAGUGGGCAUGUGGAUUUGCUUGCAAAAUUGCCACUUGUCCACCUCGUGGAUGCCCACAUUAGAAAAAUUGUUCGACGGUCUGGAUUUCGGCAACACCCAUCCGGAAUUCAGAUUGUGGCUGACCAGUUACCCGUCGCCCAAAUUCCCCUCGACGUUGCUGCAAAAGGGCGUCAAAAUGACCAACGAGCCGCCGACGGGCCUGCAAAAUAACCUGCUCAAAUCGUACAUCACCGAUCCGGUGAAGAAUCCGGAAUUUUACAAGGGCUGUCCCGAGCACGAAGACAUGUUCGUCAGGCUCCUCUACGGGCUCACCUUCUUCCACGCCAACGUGCAGGAAAGGCGCACUUUCGGGCCUCUCGGAUGGAACAUUGCCUAUGGUUUCAACGAUUCCGAUUUCGAUAUAUCGGUGCAACAGUUGCAAAUGUUCAUCAAUGAAAGCGAAGAUCCCUACGAGGUGCUGAGCUAUCUGAUAGGAGAAUGCAAUUACGGCGGCAGGGUGACCGACGAUUGGGACAGGCGACUGAUCGUCACCAUUCUGGCGAAUUAUUUGAAUCCGCAAGUGGUGCUCAACAAGGAGUACACCUUCAGCGAGGCGGGCAGUUGUUACGGAUUGCCCGACAAGAACGAUUACAAGGCGUACAUCGAGCAUAUCCUUUCGUUGCCGCUCGUGCAUCCGCCUGAAGUGUUCGGAUUGCACACUAACGCCGGUAUCACGCGCGACUUGCAGAACUCCGGUCUUCUUCUCAACGCUCUGUUGAAAGCCUACGGUGAUCUGUCGAGUUCCGGCGGCGGAGAAACCGAUAAAACCUUGUUGACACUUUGCUCGGAUAUUUUGCACAAGUUGCCGAAGCUCUUCGAUAUCGAAGCGGCCGCUCGAAAGUACCCUGUCGAUUAUAACGAGUCGAUGAAUACCGUCCUGGUGCAGGAACUGGAGAGGUUCAACAAGCUUUUGAAGCGCAUCACCGACACCUUGACUAAUAUGCUGAAGAUUAUCGAAGGUUUGGUUACGAUAAAUCCGGAUUAUGAAAAGUUUGCGGCGUCGCUGCUGCUGCUGAGAAUUCCCGAUCUGUGGAAACCGGUUUCUUAUCCUAGUUUAAAGAACCUACCGAGUUACGUAAAUGAUUUUAUUGCGCGGCUCGAUUUCCUUAAUAAGUGGUAUAUGACGGGCAAACCGACAACCUUUUGGUUAUCGGGCUUCUACUUUACGCAGGCUUUUCUGACUGGUGUGAAGCAGAAUUAUGCCAGGAGGUACACGAUAGCUAUUGAUAAGUUAACAUUCGAUUUUGAGAUAUUGAAAGAUACGCGAGAUAAAGCGGCCACCGAGGGGGCAUACAUAUAUGGAUUGUUCACUGACGGGGCCAGGUGGGAUAAGGAAGUCAAUCUUUUGGCGGAAUUGUAUCCUAAGAUACUAAACGAUACUAUGUCGCCUAUUUGGUUCAAGCCUAUACUAAAUUCUGAGUUCGAAGUUGGUACCAGAUAUCCCGCUCCGGUUUAUAAAACGGCUGAAAGAAAAGGUACAUUAUCUACCACCGGCCAUUCCACUAAUUACGUGUUGCCAAUUCUGUUGGACACGGAUAUAGAAAUUUCUCACUGGAUUAAGAGAAGUGUGGCGUUACUCUGUCAACUGAGUUAAUUUUAAUUAAAUAUUGAAUUUUAUUCAAGCAUAUUUACUUUUAUCGAUGACUCUUAAAUUAGAGUAGAUCACCAUUUAUGCAACGUGUAAAAUUAAACCAAAAAUAUACAUAAUAAAAUUUAUUUCUUAAACAUAUUUUUAUAAUUCCAUAUUGUAUAUACAAUUUAAAAUACUAACAUUUUACAAAACGUGCUAAAUGACUGGUAUAAUAUUUUUAAAAAAAUAUUUAUAAUCCUACAAGUAUAAAAAUAUUUGGUCCUAAAUAUUUCACAUUUUAUGUAAUUCAAUCAAAAUCAUUUGAUAUUUUUUUAUUCAUACUAUAAAUAGAUCACAUCUCUUAUAUUUAAAUACAAAUGUUAAAAAAUCGCGCAAAUUGCACGGUUAUAAAAAAUACUUUUACAUCAAAAAGUUGGAUGGAAUAAUAAUUGAAUACUUGGAAAAGUCCCCAUUGAUAAUAAUUUUUUGGAGAAGCAAGCAGUCUAUAAGAUAUGGAUUGUUAAUGUAAAAUUAACAACCCACUUGAAAAGUUAGAUUAGGCCUAAAUAUUAAAAAAAUAUUAAAAAACAAUUAUCAUACUCGAUUAUAUAAAAAACCAGCAAUAUAUUGCAGAUAGAAUAGAAAUAAUCAGGGAUUUUUUUGCAACCUAAAACUUAACUUUCUUAUGCAAAAACAAAAAGUUAUUUAUUGUAACUAUAAAUGCGAAAAAAAUAUUAAAUAAAGCUCCGAAUAAACGCUGAAUUAAGCAGAAAUUAUCUUAUAGCUUUUAUCUAUCAAACCACAUUUAAUACUACUUCGAAAGGCGAAUCUUUCAUAAUUUUAUAUAAAACCAACAAAUAAUUAAGGCACACUGAUAUCGUCUACGAUACAUUUACAAAUUUUAAUAUACAGAGUGGCCCAUUGAAAAGGAAACAGGUGUUUUUGCGUACAAAAAAUUGAUUUUUGGAAAAUCGAUGUAAAAGACGACAAUUUCUAUAUCGAGGGGACAUCUUACCUUUAAAGGUAAAUUUAAAUGUAAUUUCAAAAACGAAUCGACGGAUUUUGAUAUUUUUUUUGUUAUUUUCAGAAAAAAGAAACCUUUCUUUUCUUCUUAUAAUACUCAUAUUCCCUAUUCAAUUAUUAAGGGUUGGGGGUCGCUGGGGCAAAGGGAUGGAAUAAUAUGAUGAUGGUUUAUCAAUCAUCAAUCAAAUAAAAUCAAUUUUUUCUACCCGAACUCUGCUUUUUUUAUAGGUCAUCCUGUAUAGAAUUUCUCAAAGCCUCAAAUUAGAAUAUAAAUUUAAUAAGUCAACCUCGGGGGGUGAUUAACUCAACUUAAUGCGAAUGCCCAGUGAUUAACAAAAGAUUAGUUAAAUAGCCAAUUAAAUGCCUCAAUCAUGAAUUGUAAUUAUAACUUUACCUUUGGGUAUGUACCCAUAUUAAUAAGUAUAAAAAAAUUUAUAAAACAUCGAUUUUUCCCUAGAUGGUAAAUUUUAAAACGAUUUUACAAAUGAAAAAUACAAAAGAAAUCAACAAAAAUACAAUUAAGAGUAGGUUAAAAAAAAUGCAAUGUAGGCAACAUUCCGAUAUGCAAAGUAAGUGUAAUUGCACGGCCCGAAAGGAUUAUUUAAAAGCAAUUAUUGAGCCAAAGGUGCGUGGUCGCUAUUAAACUAAUUGAGUAGAUUUCCCUAAGUUUUGUGCAACAUUUUUUUAGCCGCUCUAAUAAGAGGAGUGAGCGUUUUCAGCUCCAUUUUCUCGUCCAAAAACUCGUGGAGCAACAAUUCCUUGGCGGUGGCCCUCUUAUCGACGUCCACUUGCAACGUUAGAUCUAUGAAACUCUUCAGUUUCUCCGACAACGUAUUCCAUCUCGUUAUCUUCGGCCUUCCAUUGGCAGUGAUCAAGUACAACGCCCUCAAGGGCGGCUCGCGCAGAUAGGGCGGCUCGCCGUCGAGCAUCUCGACGAUCAUUAUACCUAACGACCAAAUGUCGACUUUCUUACCGUAUUUCUGUCUAGUAACCACUUCGGGGGCCAUCCAAUAGGGCGUACCGACCAUGGUUUCCCUUUGCUCGUUACCGAUCACGUUGGCGCAGAAACCGAAAUCGGUCACUUUCACCGUACCGUCCAUGCCUAACAGUACGUUAUCGGACUUGAUGUCCCUGUGGAUGGUGCCCCGUUCGUGUAAAUAAUCGAUGGCUUUUAAUACUUCGAAGCAAACGGCGGCGAUUUGUCCCUCUUUCAUGACGGUUUCGGUGACGACGUCGGUCAACGGGCCGCCGUCCAGUAGCUCCAUCACCACGUACAAAUGAUCGUCGUUGACGACGAAAGCGUCGAGGAAAUUGACUAAAUUCUUAUGUUUGAAAUUCUUCAUUAUUUUAAUUUCGCUUAACAGAAGAUCCUUCUUGUGUUGCUUCGUCAUAUCGAUGUCUUUGAUGGCCACCCAUUCGCCAGUUUUCUUGCAAGUGGCCGCGAACACCAGGCCCGAAGCGCCCGAGCCCAAGUCUUUGUGGCUCCGUUCGUAGUAAUCGUCCGGAUUGCCCGUGUUGCAAAUCUUACGUAUUUCUAUCAUGUAGUCCUCGUCGGUGAGGCCGCUGCGCCGUCUCGAUACGUCAUCGUCCCCGAACAAAUCGGCGCUCGAGCCCGAUUUAUCUCGAAAUUCCACUUCCUCGUUUUCCACUAACGUCAAAUCGACCAGGUUUUGAGCUAGGUUCUUCGUCUGGAUCAAGUUGCUUCCGUCGAUUUUUCUCGGAGGCCUGACCGGAUACGAACACCUAGAGAUACAGAUAAUUCAAUAUUCUUACGAGACCAUACACAAAUCAAAUAGAUGAAAUAAAGUAACACUUUAUUUCAAAGUUAUGUUACAAAACAUAGGUUCAGUAAUUCUAGUAGGAUUCAAAUUUGGCUUCAUCAAUUGAUUUGAAUCUUCCUUAUACCUAAUAUAGAGACUCCAAGCAAUGAUAACUCCAAUUUUUAAUCACUCCAACUGCAUUAUGCGGGGUGGAAAC